GGUUGAUCGGAUGGAUAACAUCACUCAGCCAGAAAGAAGAAAACUUUCUGCUUUGGCAUUGCUUUCACUUCUGCCAUCAUUGAAUAGACUUACCACUCACUCCACGGAAGACUUUUUUUUUUUUGCCAGUUUGCGUGACAAAGGCAGUUCACUGGUGCAAUAAUUAUUUACUACUAGGUGAGAAAUAUACUCUUAACAAUUUCUCAAAGUGAGCUCUUCGUUUCAUAAGAGCUUUCUGUCAUAUUUUUUUACUAGAGUCUAAAGCCAAACAAGAUUUAUAGAAGGGAAACUUACUUUCUUAUCCUCAAAGGGAAAAACAAUUAUAUCGUUUUAACUUUUUAUGCUGUUUCUCAGCAUGUUACAAAAUAUGCUUGAUAAUCUAAUCAAAAAAUAAUAAAUCCCAAAGUUAAAAAGGAAGUUACAAAGACAGCUUCAUAAUUUUGAAAUAGAUUUUGUGAUGGAUGUUUAAAUAUACAAAUGUUUAGUACUGUGGGUUUAUUAAACAGGUACGUUUUUGCUAGGUUAUUAAUUUGGUAUUACAGUUUCUGUGCCUGUGUCUCCCCUUUGUAACUAUCACUGUUGCUAUUACAAGAGUGGACUAGCACUCCGUGGAAAAGAGAAAAUUUCAGUAACUGAAGCAGCAAAUCAAGAUUUUUACUUAAGCAGGAAUAUGAAAUACUAUGAGGCAUCUGCAAUAUUUGAGAUAAUCAGAAAUUUUGAGAUAAUCUGAAUGAUGAUGAGAAUAACAAAAAAGGGGGUUGAGGUCUGAUAAGUUAACUUCAAUAAGGUGUCCACAGCGGGUGUUACUGGAUGUAGGUAGAGGAAAUGAGAUUAAAUGUUUAUGUGUGUGCUACCCAAGCAGUAGGUUAGUAGCUGCAUUACUCUGACUUGCGAUCGUAUCUGGAGAAUUACAUGGGCAGAAGGUAGUAAGUAUUUGAAAACAAAACAAGAAAGUGGUAUCACAGCCGACCUGUGGAGAAUAAAAGCUGAAGGAAGGAAGACCUGCAAGAGGAGGUACUUGCUAAAUACACAGUGGGAGGGCAACAGAUACUUUUGCUCUUAAAAGCCCAGAAGAAUAACUGUAGUGCUAAAAAUUGGUUUUCUUCUGUUUUGUGAACUUUAACAUAAUUUUGUGGUGAUCAUGAGAAUGAAAUCCCUCUUCAAAAAUUGGCUUUGAUACGUUUUAAAGAUGGGUGACUUUAGAUUCUGGUUUUGAACUUGUUGAAUGUUUUUCUGCUAUACGUAAGUUGGAGUUGGAUGACUGUUUUAUGCUAACUAAUACUCAUAACCUGAAUUAUAUUGGCUUUAAUCUAACAUAGAUCACUGAGAAAAUAGAAGUGGUUUGGAAAGGCUACACUGGGUGCAGUGCUUUUAAGUUCUUCCAAAUACUUUGACCUGCCAUUUUAUGCACAACUUGACAAAUUGUUGCUGCUCAGACUUCAUGCUGGUAUUGACAAAGAGUCAUUGUUCAACUAGAUUUUAAUAUGUUAGAAAGCACUGACAUUAGUAACUUUAUUCAUGUUAGCAUAUUAAAGAUAAAAUUCAGUGCAGGAUUCAAAAAAAAUUUUCUCUGUUGCCACAUGAAGCUGUAUUCAGAUAUAAACCUGGUAUUUCUGUCACUGGAGGGCAAAAUUUGCAGUGAAUAAAAUAUUAUACCACUAUUGGAGCUGCUUAACCUUGUUUGAAAUGUUUGGGCUUUCCCUGUUUAAGUGUUUUCCUUGCAGUUUUCAACUAGUAAUGAAUUUUAUUGUUUAAGUACAAGCUAGUUUGAGAAAGCUGAUACAAGUUAUUAUGUGUAUCCCAGCUUUUUUAAUGUUUUUCUCCAAAAUGUUACCAGCUAUGUGUCAUGUUAUUUUGCCUCUCGUUCUUAACAGUUACUGCUCUUAGAUACUUUAACAGUGUGUGCUGUUAAUGAAGCAAUACCUGGAAAUUACAAUCCAAUUGGAUCUGCAGGCCUCCAGGUGCUGUAUUUACAAAGUGCAAGACAGGAUUUUCUCCAGAUUUCCUAGUGCAAAUUGAAAGGAGCCAUGACCUGGAUUAAGAUUUUUGUCCUCAUUUUGUACGUGGGAUCUGAGAAUCAGGAAGGUCAGCAAUGUGCUCAGAACCACAGUGGCAGCUAGGGUUUGAGCAAAAUUUUUAUGAAUAUUGAUAAGGUACCUUUAGUACAAAACCACAGAGACAUUAAGCCACUUACUGGGCACCAGCUUUCAUUCACCUGGCCACUGCUCUAUUGCUUUCUCUAAAUUCCCAUUCUAUCUGAUAUAUCAUAGAGCUUCAACAAUUCCUUCAGUCUUUCUAGAUAAGUUAAUUCUGGCAUUUUGCAAAAAAGGAGAUCUAUUAGCAUUUGUCUUUUAAAACUUUUUUUUUUAGAUUGGGACCUGUUUCUUCUAGCCCUGUGGGGUUGUUUCACACAGCACAUCUUGAAAGAAAUAAUUUGCAACGAUUUCUUUAUCCAAGUAAAUAUCAUCAUAAAUAGGCUAUGGAUAGUGAAGCCUAGGUAGGAGAUCAUUUCCUGUUCAAAGUAAUUUUUCAUUUUUGGUCAGUCUGUUUUUCCCCUCACGUGACUCUAUUUGACCCGGAUAAUCUUUUUCAAUUACUCUUCCUGUUCUGUCUCCCGUAUCCGGGAUACUUCCCUAAUCAUCAUGGGAACUGUUCAAAACUAUGCAGUGUUUUCCCUUUAAGGAAAUGACAUGCCAUUUUAUUUUACUUUCCUUUAUAUCAACGAUUACAUUAAAUACUGUGAAAAGUUAGGAUGUGAAAAUCAAUAGUUGAAUCUAAAGAACAAUUAGUUUUCCUAUUGGUUUAAUGGUCUCAGAAAAAAGAACCAAAUGCAGUUCAAAUUCUGGGUUGUGACUGAUACAGGCUUUGUCUAAAGUGUCCCAUGGACCAAUUUUACUGGUCCUUCUGAUUUCUUACUUUAGACUAGAUAUUGUAAGAGGUAUGUCCUAUUGAUUUCUUACUUUAGGGUAGGUAUUGUAAGAGGUAUUGACUCUGUUAGAAUUAUAAGUCGUUAAUUCGUGUGGGGUUUGGGGUUUUUUUAAGCAUUCCCCUAGCUAAACUCUAGGUAGUUUUGGCCAGCUCAAGUUGAAAAAUUGAAGGAGUAUGUCUCUUGAUAUUGAAUGUUUUACAGAUUUCAAACAUAAAGAGCCAGCCACAUAUGGUCAAAACCAUUUUUUUUUAAAACUUCAGAAAUGUAAGUUUCUUUUGGCAGAAUUCGGAAGAAAGCCUCUUCAGAAGCAUGUCCUUGUCUAUUCUGCUUCCUUUGCUCAUGUGCUUCAUGCAUUUCAGCUUGGAUUACUAUAGACAAAGAUAUUUGGGUGAUCUUUCACCACUUAAGUGAACUCGUGCUUCCUGUAUGAGAUCAUUGUGGCUGAAGUGUACUGAUUCUUCUGCUGUUGUGUGUCUUCCUUGGCUAUGGCUACUGCUGGGCUUUGUCAUGUUCAUUUUGCUGAGUGGAAGGUCUCAUUACAGCAUAAAUCGUGAUUUUGUAGUUACGUUGCUAUUUGUAGGCUUAAUGUCUAAUUUACCAUCUCAUUUUGUUGUUUCCCUUCUUCCCCUUUGAUGAUGUGACUGGACUUUGCAGGUAUUUAGUCUGUGAUGGAUAAACUGAGGAUGUAAUCUCCGGUACUCAAGCGAGGGGGAUAUUUAUAGCGCACAUGUUUGCACUAAGUGUUUGUCUGCACAAAGGGACACUGCAGGAAAUAAAAGCUGUGGACCAAAGUUGUGGCUGUCAGAAUAUACAUAGUCCUCUGUGGAUGAAUGGGCUUUAAAAGUGAGGCUUAACAAAGUGCCUGGAUCAAGUCUGAAAUACAACAAUUUAGUACCACAUCAUGUGGUUCUCAUAUCUCAGUUUUCCUGGGCUUCCCUGGGACUGCUGGCAGGGUCUGCAGGAGUUACCGGGGCUCUGCCCUCCAGACCUCCAUCUUCUCCUUCUCUCCUGGGCUGCUGGAGUGUGUGUGUGUGUGGUGGAAGCAUUUUGGCACUGCAGACAGAAAAUGCUUCCACCAGAGAGAACAGUGUUAAGCGUUGCUGCUGAUUUAAUAAAACAUUUUGGAUUUGGGCUGAAAGAUAAAGGAUUUACUGAUAAUGCAAUACUGCUGUUACAGAUAGGUAUGCUUUAUUCUAAAUGUUCAACCUAAGUUAGAUAAAACUCUUCUGGGCUCUCCUAGUUAAAAAACAGUAGUUUAUAAAAACCAAAAUGGCGACAGUUACAAACUAAGAUAGUUCUUGGUUUUCUAGAAACAAAUCAUUGAGAUUUCCUUUCCAACAAUACUUCUGAAGCACAGAUAAAAUGGCUUCCUGUCCCAGGGUUUCCUGUAUCCAUGGCAACCUGACUUUAACCACUUCUUUCUUAGUUUCCUGAGUGAACAGUGGCAAAUCCUGAGGCAAAAUGUGAGCGUUCUAGUACACGGCAAUACUGCCUUUACAAAGUUUUCACAGAUGAGUAUAGUCGGUCAGCUUGUAACUUAGUCCAGUGAACUGCAAAACGGCAAAAUAACAGAAAUAAUGAACUUCAGAUUUGGGCAAAGUCAGAGAUGAGUGAGAAGGCCAAAGACAGGGAUAUGUGUGGCCUGCAAAGUUCUCCACCCUGCCCGGGAGCAUUCCUGUAUAUCCUUAAUUGUUUUCUUUGGUUGCUGCUUCAGAAGGAGGCUCAUGGCUGUCCAGCUGCUUGCCAGCUCUGCACAGGGAGACAAGUUAGCUGUCGUAAUUUAGGGCUUUCAAGCAUCCCGCGGAACUUUCCAAAAACGACAAUUCUUGUGUACCUCAGCGGGAAUAAUAUAUCGCGUGUCACUCCACAUGAACUAAGAGGCCUUCAGAAGCUUGCUGCACUCUACAUGGAUAACUCCAGUAUUUCAUAUGUACACCCAAAAGCUUUUGUGGAACUCCGCAAACUAUGCUACUUGCAUCUAAAUAACAAUAAUAUUAAACGGCUGGAUCCAGGAAUCUUUGAAGGUCUUUCCAAUCUUCAUUGUUUAUACCUUCAGAAUAAUCAAAUAGCUUUUGUUCCCAGAGGAUUAUUUAGUGAUCUCCUUUCUGUUAGAUAUUUAACACUCCAAAGAAAUCGUCUCAGUGUCCUUGGAAGUGGGACUUUCUUGGGAAUGCUAAGUCUCCAAACACUUAACCUAGCCAAUAAUAAGAUUUCACGGAUAUCAGAUUCAGCAUUUCAUCACCUUGAAAACCUUUCGUAUUUGUUCCUUGAAGGUAACAACUUAACACUUGUGCCGUCGAAUGCUAUUGGAAGGCUCAAAAAUCUUGAAAGACUUUCUUUGUCUCAUAAUCCCAUUGGAUCAAUACAUCCUUUUGCAUUUAAAGGACUUAACAAGCUUAGAUAUCUGUCUUUAAAAAAUGUAAAGCUAAAAUGUAUUGCUGUAAAUGGAUUUUUUGGAUUAAACAACCUUAGCCAGUUAAUCUUAAGUUACAAUGAAUUAGAAAAUAUAAAUUCCAGUACUUUUACUUUAUUGAGCAAUGUAAUGUAUCUGCAGCUAGACAGAAAUAAAAUAACCAGUAUCGGUGAUGGUACCUUUGAAAAAAUGGGACAGUCACUUAAAAUACUCAGUUUAGCAUUUAAUAAUAUUACAGAGUUACAGCCUGAAGUGCUCAAGCCCUUAGUGUCUUUAACUCAUCUACAGGUAAAUUACAAUCCUUGGAACUGCAGCUGCAAAAUGCUUGGGUUACUUAAUUGGCUUGCGUCAUCUCCUAUUUCUGUAAAAAUUCAUUGUCAGAAUCCCCUGAGCAUGCGUGGUAGGCCUUUGCAUUACAUUAGGUGGACUCAGUUUGCAAACUGCAGUAGCCCUACUGCCAGCCCAGACGCAGCCUUGAGUCUAGGAUCGGUAGGUGUCCAUCACAGCACUACCACUUUGCUGGUGGCGUGGCAUAAGGGAAACAGGCACAACGUGUUUGAACAGUUUGUCAAUGCAGGAACUCGAUACGUUGCUUUCUGGGAAGGCACUACAGCUACAUCUGCUAACCCAUUGCCCUAUGAAGAGAAUGCUGCUGAAAUUCCACCACAGGCAACUACGGUAUUAUCAACGUUGCCGGUGCAAAUACCAGCACAGAUUAUACCUACUAACAGAACCAUAGAGGAAAAAGGUUUAUUUCCAACAGAUGCUAUUCCUGUAUCAUUAAAAACAUCCCUACUUUGUACACAACAGGUCGAAAAGCUGAAUCAGGCUUUUGACAUUUUACUAGCCUUUUUCAUUCUGGCUUGUGCAGUGAUCCUGUUCUUAACCUGUAAAAUAAUUCACUUCAGGCAGAAACUAAAAGUGCUGGAAAACUCAGGGGAAAAGAGGAUAGAGUAUUACGGUUUUUAUCAGCCUGGCAGAUACAACAUAACUGACCCAGUGCAGUCUCUAACUCAGAAUUCAAUGGGGCAUUCAGAACUGGACCAAAUCAGGCUGCUCAAGCGAACAGCAUCUGAAAGUCAGGCACAGGUCAUAUUGUUUGAACAUUCAUCAUUGUAAUUUAUCUCAUCUGAUUUGAUGUUAACUUUAUUGUGAUCUGAAAUGUCAAGAAGUCAAGAACUCAAUUUUCUAAAAAUAUCUUCACUGAUUAAAAUCAUCUGGUUGAUAGAAUUGUGGAAAACAGUGUAAUUUGGCUUCUGCACCAUCAUUUGCUUCCUGAAUGUUCUGAAGCUUAUUGAUUUUUAUUAGAUGUCAUUUAAAUCUGACAUGGAUAGGUAUAUUAUCCUCUGCCCCUGUUGUAGGUAUGUUUCACCUAUAACUCAAGUAAACAUGCAGUAUAAAGUACACAUACCUUUUUUUUUGUUUUGCAGUACUUAAUGGUAUAAGUUUCUAAAGAAAUUCCAUACUAACUUGAAGCUUGAAACAAUCAAAACAUCAAUUUUUAGCAGGAUCAGGAAGCCAAGAAAUCUGGGGGAAUGGGAAAAAAAAGCAGUGCUUCAUUUAUUUAUUGUAACUCAGUUUCUACUCCACAGUGGGGAAGAAAAGCGAGCAUAUUUACAUCUAGCAUGUUCAAACUCUUGAGGAAAAGAAGAACUUAAAACGAUAUAAAUUUUAUUCAUACCUAUCACAUAUUUUAAUAUACAAAGUUGUAUAUUCAGUCUGUAUAAUGGGUAUAUUGAAGUGAUUUUUUUUGUUAGUGUGUAUCUGUAUCAUUUUAUGAUAAUACCUGAAACUGGAGUUAAUGGGGAAACUAAAUUUGUAUUGGAUUGAUAAAAUGACCAAGUUUAUUAUGUCCAAGCUAAUAGGGCUGGUUAAUUAUUGUCAAUAAAAGAUAUUUUGUUAUCUACAUAGUAAUUUGAGGGAGUUUUUGGCUAGAGAAGAGCUAUAAUCUGAAGAAAUAUGCUACACGUUAAAUACACAGUUCUAGAUUAGUUGCUGAAGAUGUUUACAUAUGUGUGGCGUACCUAUGGAAGUGUCAGGUCAAAGUAUGCUUUCUUAAUGAAGACCUAAUUUUAGGCUUCAUCUUCAAAAAGACAGACAUUUUACUAUAUAGUUUGCAUUUGGUUUAACUUUAUUUCCAUUUUGAAUAUUGAUGUUCUAUUUACAUUAUUGUGAGGUUAUGUCUAGAGUAUUGUAGCUUUAUUCUCAACCAAUUUCUGUGAUUUUUUUUCCUUCUUGUUACGCCAAUAAUUCAAACUUUGUUCAGGAAAAAGUCAUAAAAAUAUUUUCCAAGUAGUCCAAUCUUGUAAAAUUUUCAGCUAGCUGAAUGGGACUUAAUUUUAUAGAUACUGUUUGUCUUCUACAGGCCUGUGCCCUAGAGACUUCAACCACCUAGUUUAUAAGCAACACAAUUUACAGUUAGGUCAUUUUGCUCAAGGGAGAAUGGAGAACAACGUUUUGAUAGUCUAUCCUCCAUUGAGCCAACUUAAGUUGUGUAGAGUAUCUUGCUGUUCCAGGAUCCAGCCUGGAGACUGGGGUUUCCUUCAGAUGAACCAGAACUGCCCUCAAGGUUCUUGUUCCAGCCCAGAAGUGGAAUUAACUCAAUUAACUAUAUCAUAAUAGUAUAUUUUACUGUAAUUUACUGUAUAAUAGAUCAAAUACUUUUAUUUUAUGGACCGCUUAAUUCAG